AUGGAACAAAAACAACCUCUAAUAAUCAGAGACAAAAACCAGAUGAGAAACUGGUCAAGAUCAAUGAGAUCCCAAUCUAAACUCAUUGCUUUCGUUCCCACCAUGGGUUACCUUCACCAAGGGCAUCUUUCUCUCAUCACCGAAGCUCACAAAUACGCCAAUGUUGUUGCAGUAUCAAUCUACGUCAACCCGGGUCAGUUCUCACCUAAUGAAGAUCUUUCCACUUACCCUUCUGAUUUUGAAGGUGAUGUUCAGAAGCUUUUGUCUGUUCCUGGUGGUGUUGAAGUUGUUUUUAAUCCAAAGAAUUUGUAUGAUUAUGGAGAGAGUGAGGGUGGUGAUGGUGUUGUUGUUGUUGGUGGUGGUGAGGUGGUGUCUUGUGUUGAGAAGAGUUGUUUGGGACAUGAGAGUUGGGUUAGAGUUGAGAAACUUGAAAAGGGUCUUUGUGGGAAGAGUAGGUCUGUUUUCUUUUCUUUAGAGGCGUUGCUACUAUUGUUGCUAAGUUGUUUAAUAUUGUUGAGCCUGAUGUUGCUGUCUUUGGGAAAAAGGAUUAUCAUCAAUAGAGAGUUAUUCAGAGAAUGGUUCGCGAUCUUGAUUUUUCCAUAA